AUGGUGGCUGAUGUUGACGUUGGCGGUCCGCUUGGCCAUGGCUCGCUCGGCGCUCUGGAGCCGUGGCCUCUGCUGGCCAACGUCCGCGACGCUCGCAGCCUCGAUUUCCAGAUGGAGCCCCCGUCACCACCGAUCCCGCAGCUCUGCCAUGACACCAUGUGCACGAUACACCGACACAACCAGGCCGCCACAUUAGCCAACGGCGGGCUGUCCAGUUUCUCAUCGGCACCAGGUGGUGGUCGAGCGUCCUCGCAACCGUCGCCUCUGCCGUCGCCGCCCUCAUCUCAGAUCUCGUUGGACGAGGACCCGUUGAAACUCGAUGACCACCCUUUGCCACCGACUACGGCCUUUUCGUUCCAGCCCUCAUCGCCCCCGGCGCAGUUUGACUUUCUCCCCCCGGCGUCGCAGCAGGCGCCGCGCGCUAGACCGCUGUCGAAACGGUGCCGGGCCCGCAGCGACGUCGACGGCCCCCACACGGCCGAGCUCAGCUGCAAGAAGCGGCGACUGCGGACGCAGCUCAUCACGAGCCGGCUGUCGCAGCCCUUUUCGCAGCCGGCGACGCACAUCAUCAACCGCGACGCCGUCGCUGCGGGCGACAAGCGUUUCAUCAAGCUCGCCGCCUCGGCCAACGCCAACAAGCGCUGUCCCAGCACGCAGAGCUCCAUCGUGCGCCGCGCCGCCGUCAUGAACCGGGUCCGGCUGCGCCUGCGCGGCGAGGUCGUGUCGGAGCGGAGCAACGUCUUCAUGGCCGGCACGGCGACGACGACGACGGCGGCGGCGCAGGCGGCCUGGAUGCAGCGCGAGCAGCAGGCCGGCACGGGUGGGCGGUUCCUCGCCGUGUCGGUGCCUGGAGCGGCGCAGCCGGGCGCGAGGCCACCUGCCAACAGGAUCAUCAUGAUCAGGGCGGGCGGUGGCGGGGGCCAUGAUGCGUCGUCGGCGCACGGGCAGAUGCGGACGCCGAUUCCGUCGGCGUUGCGCGCGGUCGACACGCUCGUCGGACGAGGCACCGUGGUGCCGGCGGCGAGACAAUGUCGCUCGCCUGUGCUGGGGCCCACGGACGCCAGUGCCGAGGAGGUGGGCGAGGACGAGGAGAUGGCGUUCCCCGAAGACAUGGGGCGGUACGGCUCGGCCGAUGACGACGACGACGAGGAUACCGGCGAUGUAUAUUCUGACUUUGGGGCCAUCUUUGGCGGGCCGAGAGAGGGGGACUUCUCGGACGACGACGAGCACUCGUACGAGGAGUGCCUGGACGAGCUGGACGGCAUAUCGUGGGUUGGGCGAUGA